GGAACUGCUCCGAAAUCCGAAUUCAAGAGUCCCCGAGUCGACAGGCCACAAAUCCCAAUUCCAAAACCUUUUCUCCGUCCCAUCGCCGGCGAUCUUCUCCUUCGCCGCCAAUGGAUCUCUCCGCUGUCCAGGCUGCCCUCUCCGACAAGUCCUACUCCACCCUCGCCUCCCUCUGCGACGAACUUCUCCUCCAGGCCGCGUCCCAGGGAUUCACCACCGACGAAUGGCCCUACUCUGUCCACCUGCUUGCCCACCUCUACAUCAAUGACCUGAACAGCGCGCGGUUCUUCUGGAAGUCGUUGCCGCAGGAGGUCAAGGACACGCGGCCGGAGCUCGCCGCUGUCUGGAGGAUUGGUCAGUGCCUCUGGAAAAGAGAUUAUGCUGGCGUCAACACGGCUGCACAGGGGUUCGAGUGGGGUCCUGACCUCGCUGACUUCAUCACUGCCUUCCUAGAGAGCUACAGACAGAGGAUAUUCAAGCUGUUGACUUCUGCAUAUUCCACAAUUAGAGUUGCUGAUGUGGCUCAUUUCAUGGGGAUGAGUGAGGAGGAUGCGACAAACUAUGCUGUGCAAAACGGUUGGAGUUUGGAUGCAGCGGCCAAGAUGCUUACUGUCAAAAAGCCAAAGUCUCAGACCAACCAGAAGCUUGAUGCUAGCAAACUGCAGCGUUUGACUGAGUGUGUUUUCCACCUUGAGAACUGAUGUUCACUGUCAAUCGUGUUGUGUCCCUGUUUCUUCUCUGCUCCACAUUGUAAGAAGCAUGUUUACCAUGUGACAGCUAUAUGCCUGAGCGACUUGGCCCCUUUCGGCCGAAAAGGGGUGAUCUCUG